AUGCAGCAUGCUGCCCGGCUUCAGCACGCCGCUGCGGCGCCCCAGCUGAUGCGGCCACCAACACACCAACGGGCGCUGUGCGCGACCAUCAGCGCGUACGUCAGGAGCAUAGAGAAGGGUGAUGACCUGGCCAAGAAUCAGCUCUGUCAUGUCAAGCGCGCGUCUGUGCGCGCCAAGGCGUCAGCCAAGGACCCCAGGGUGUUCGAUCACGACAACUGGGACGUCCACCGCAGCACCACGCGCCACGCGCGCCACAUCGCGGGCCUGUGCAGGUCCCAAACUGUAGCCAACCUGGUGCGGCCCCUGUCGUACGUCAUGGGCGUGGCCGUCACGGUCGUUGCGGUCGAGGCGCUGCGCGCGGCCGGCUGCGCGCCUGCAUUUCUGCCCAGCCUGCAGGUCAACUCGGCGCUCUUCGGCCUGACCAGCUUCGCCCUGUCACUCCUGCUCGUCUUCCGCACCAACGCUAGCUACGAGCGGUGGGACAGCGCCCGCAAGAUGUGGGGUCUGGUGCUCAACCGCUCCCGCGACAUCGUCCGGCAGGGCCUGACCCACAUACCGCGCGACAAGCCGGACCUGCGGGCCAUGCUGUGCCGCUGGGUGCCGGCCUUCUCCAAGGCUCUCAUGUGCCACCUGCGCCGCGACAAGAACCUGAGCCAGGAGCUGCAGGGUGUCCUGCUGCCCGCUGAGGUGGACGAGGUGAUGCGCGCCCAGCACCGCCCAAACUACGUGCUGCAGGUGCUGGCCGAGAUCAUCCGCACCGGCCGCGUGCGCGCGACCGCUGCGAUCAGAAUGGAGGAGAACCUCACAUCCUUUGAGGACUGCCUGGGGGGCUGCGAGCGCAUCCUGAAGACCCCCAUCCCACUCAGCUACACGCGGCACACCAGCCGCACCAUGAUGAUCUGGCUGACGCUGCUGCCGUCCGCGCUGGUCAGCACCUGCGGGCUGGCCACCAUCCCCCUCUGCGGCUUCGUCGCCUUCCUCCUGCUCGGAAUCGAGGAGAUUGGGGUCUCGAUCGAGGAGCCCUUCAGCAUCCUGCCCCUGGACGCAAUCUCCGGGUCAGUCCUGACCAACGUGCGGGAGCUGCAGGCGACCCACGACGCCGCCGCGGGCGCGACCGGCGCCGCGGACGCGGCACCCCUGCCCCUGUCGGCGUCGCAGCUGGUGACGCGCUACGGCGUCGCGGCGGCUGAGGCCCAGGUCAGGGGCAUGCACGUGGGCGUGAACGGCGCCGCGGCCGCGGUCGCGGCCAACGGCACGGCCGUGCGGAGCACCCACGCUGUGUGGCCGCAG